AUGCUGCCCGGGGGACCCCUGUCCCGGUGCUUCGUCUCUGAGGGUGAGGGCUGCUCGCAGCAAACCUGUGUGGACUCCUUGCACCCGGAACCACCCCGCCACCACCCUAUCACGUCCCAGCGGUGCCACAGGCUGGAGCUGUGGGGUCUGGUCGCCGUGGGGCUCCUGGGGCUCUGCUACCUGCUCUACCAAGAUGACCAGCUGUGGCCCAGUGCGGUCCCCGAGCGCAGCACCCCCCCCCGGCCCCCUUUUCCCGAGCGCAGCACCCCCCCCAGGCCCCGGGCAGCCCCCAGGCUCCCCCCGCCCCGGGCUCUGUCCAUACCUGCCCCAUGCGUGGCCAACACCUCGGUGCACCACAUUUCCGGCUUUGCCAAACUGCCCGGCCAUGUGCAGGACUUCAUGCGGUACCAGCACUGCCGGUCCUUCCCGCUGCUGCUCGACGUCCCCGGCAAGUGCGGGGGGGCCGAGGGGUCCUCCGACAUCUUCCUCCUCUUGGCCCUCAAGUCAUCGCCGGAGAACUACGAGCGGCGGGAGGUGAUCCGCAAGACCUGGGGGCAGGAGAGGACCAUUCAAGGAGCCUUCAUCCGUCGGGUCUUCCUCGUGGGGGUAGCCCCCAACGCCUGGAAUGCAAAGAAGCUCAACCAGCUGCUGCGGCUGGAGCAGCGGGAGCACAGGGACGUGCUGCAGUGGGACUUCAGGGACACCUUCUUCAACCUGACGCUGAAGCAGGUGCUCUUCCACGCCUGGAUGGAGGAGCACUGCCCCGGCGUCCGCUUCAUCUUCAAUGGGGACGACGAUGUCUUCGUCAACACGGACAACGUUGUCAGCUUUGCAAUGGCCAGCCAGGGUGCCCAGGAGCAGCACCUCAUGGUGGGGCAGCUCCUCACCCACACCAGCCCUAUCCGCUUCCAGCAGAGUAAGUACUUUGUGCCCACGCAGCUCCUGGCCUCCGAGUGGUACCCGCCCUACUGCGGCGGCGGCGGGAUACUCAUGUCCGGCUUCACCGCCCAUGUCAUCUCCCGGGAAUCGCGGGACAUCAAGAUCUUCCCCAUCGACGACGUCUACCUGGGCAUGUGCUUGGAGAAGGCAGGGCUCCGUCCCGCUUCCCACGACGGCAUCCGGACCGCGGGCGUGGGGGUGCCAGCCAACGCCGACCCCUUCGAUCCCUGCUACUACCGGGAGCUGCUGCUGGUGCACCGCUUCGUGCCCUACGAGAUGGUGGUGAUGUGGCAGGCCAUCCACGACCCCCACCUGCUCUGUGGCAAGAAGGUGAGCAUCUUCUAG